AUGUCUGUGCCUUCUGAGUUUCCAGAGAUCUACACUAUCCCCGUAUCAUCGCCGCUGUUCACUGCGGGAUUUUCGCCUUCUGUGGUUUUGGUGGACCCUCCAGAUACCGAGGGGCUCAUUGAGGCUCUCUGCGAUGUACGAUCCCCUGUUGAUCGCAUUUCUUCGUUUCACAUCUACGUCAAGUGUGGCGACUGA